GACGAGGCUCAUGCCGGAGGGCUUCGCAUCUGCUGCGGGGACCGUGAGAGAGAGUGGACCAGCUAGCCGCGGAGCCCGACCCUGGCUGUGGAGAUAUCGGUGACCAUGAGAUCCCUGUGGCUGCUGAGAACCCCCUUCCUGUGCAGCCUGCUCUGGGCCUUCUGCACCCCAGGUGCCAGGGCUGAGGGGCCUGGGGCCGGCUCCUCCCACCCCAGCAAUGUGGGCCUGGAUAAGAAUGCGGUACACGACCAAGAGCAUAUCAUGGAGCAUCUAGAAGGUGUCAUCAACAAACCAGAAGCAGAGAUGUCCCCACAAGAACUGCAGCUCCACUAUUUCAAAAUGCAUGAUUAUGAUGGCAACAAUUUGCUUGACGGCUUAGAACUCUCCACAGCCAUAACUCAUGUCCAUAAGGAGGAGGGGAGUGAACAGGCACCACUAAUGAGUGAAGAUGAACUGAUUAACAUAAUAGAUGGUGUUUUGAGAGAUGAUGACAAGAACAAUGAUGGAUACAUUGACUAUGCUGAAUUUGCAAAAUCAUUGCUGUAAACAUUAUUUGGCCAUCUCCUAGUUAUAUGCAAAUGUGACCUGUGACAAUGUGAUUGAACACUUUGGUAAUGCAAAAUAACUCAUUUUCAACUACUGCUGCAGCAUUUGGUAAAAACCUGUAGCAAUUUGUUACAGUGGGGUGAGAAAGAAGUCAAAAGAAAUAGAAGAGAAAUGGGACAUCUUGUACUCCCAAGUACUGUUAAAUCUCUUAUUGGACAGGGCUUGCUUAAAGCAUCUUUUUAAGAAUAUUGGAUAAUUGGAGCUGAGUACUCAGGAACUUGAUUGUAGUAAAAUACUGCUAGUUUCUUAAUUUUAAAUCAUGCUACCUGAGAAGUAAGAAAACAAGCUUUGCCAAGUUGACACACUUUUCAGCACUUUUCAGUAACAGUGAAGGAAUGGAGUAAAUGCCAAAUGUUUCCCUUGGCCAGGUCCUGUCUCUUCAGGUGAAGAUGGUCAGUAUUCUGUAAAUUUCCCCUGGUCUAAAUGAUUACUUGCUCUGGGUAAGUGGAUAUUUAUUAGGCUAUUUCAAAGCCACAGUAUAAGAAGAAUGUCAAAUGUUCAGUUCAGUUGGCCACAGAGUCUAAGAUUCUGUGUCCUCUGGCAUUUUGGAAAUGAUAUACCACUGGCCGAAGUGAUUAACUUUUUUUCAGACUUUUCAGUGUUUUAUACAACUACUGCCACAUCCUUCUACUUUCUUUUUUGUCUUCUAUCUGGGAGAGACCUUGAAUUUAAUCAUGUUCUCUAAUCAGUAGUAAUGUUUUAGCUUUCUUAAUAUUUGUAUUUCACUGUUGUUUGCAGGGUUUUGUUUUGCAGUUCAGGAAGUGUUAGGAAUGUGAGGACUUGAAACAGCAGGGACAAAGCUACUAGCUGCUCUAGCCUAAGUGGGAAGUGACAAGAUCAUUCACUGAAUACAGUGAUUAACCUGAUACAAGUUCUAUUUAGAAGGAAUGUUGUUUAAAUUAUCACUUCUUGCUUGAAUACAUGGAUUCUUUUCAAAUCAGGAAAGAUUUUUAGAAAAGGAAGCCUCAAAACUCUUUAACAGUAUGAAUCUCAAUAAGAUUUGAACGUGAGAAGCAGUGCAGAGUGUAAUUUGGUUUAUUGGCUCUGAUGGAUGUGCUGUAACAGAAAACCCAAAAUGGUGGUUGAAUGGGAAAAAGAAACUUCAUAAAAUUUGCUGUAAGAUGUAUAGAGACUUAUUUUCUUUAUUAAAAGUAUUCUUAUAAGAAAACAUAUGUAUUUGUAAAAAUGGUUUCCUGUGUCAAGUAUUUGUGCAAUCAGAGCUGACUUGUAAACUAUUCUUGUAAUAUUUCAUUAUUUUGAAAGAUUUAUAUGAUGAAUUCUGGAUAUGUGACCAAUAAAACUGCUGAAACAAA